AUGUCUCAAAAACGAACUGCCAACGGCCACGAGUAUGACGUUAGUGGCAAUGUUUCCAAUGGCUUACCAUGCAACGGAGUCAUCACACCCGCAAGCAGCUUUGCUCAGGCAGCAUCUGAGAGGUUCGAUGUAAUCGUCAUUGGUGCCGGUUUUGCUGGCCUGACGGCCGCACGCGACCUGACCUUAUCAGGCUAUCAUGUCCUGGUACUUGAGGGGCGUGACCGUAUUGGAGGCAGAACAUGGACGUCAAAUGUUGAUGGACAUCUUUAUGAGAUGGGAGGAACUUGGAUUCACUGGGGACAGCCCCAUGUAUACCGGGAACUAGCCCGUUAUAACCUGCACCAAACCUUUUUUGCCACCGAUGAUGUGACGGACCAGCCACACACGGUCUUAGUAGUUGACGAUGGCAAGAAGCAAUAUUUAUCACAGGAAGAGUUUGACAAGUUGUCUGAUCAUGCCUUUAGAACCUACUGCAACGUUGAUGGUUGUGAAGGCAAGACGGUCAUUCCCUUCCCCAAUGAUGCUCUGUAUAACCCUGAUGCAAGAGCUUAUGAGUCCUUAUCCGUUAAUGACAGAUUGAACCAAGUCCGCAAGUCACUCACUAAAACCCAGAUAUGCAUUCUUAAGGGCAUAGUUGAAGGUAUUGUCGGCAACGAGGAUUUCGAUAAGGCAGGGUUCUUUGAUGUACUCCGCUGGUGGGCGCUAAGCGGCUACUCAACGCGUGGUAUAACUGAGUUCACGGAGUUAUACAAGGUGAGGGAGGGCCAAACGAACUUCGCGAUGAACCUGUUUGAGGAAGCUAUGCAAUCACAGAGACUUUCUUAUGUUUUCAACGCAGCAGUUGAAUCAGUGUCGGAUAAGAAUGAUGCUGUGGUGGCAACCUUGAAGAAUGGGCAGCAAUUUCAAGGUCGCCGCCUCAUUUCGACCCUACCCCUUAAUAUCCUCCCUGAUAUUAAAUUUGACCCUCGUCUAAGCUCUAUUAAAGACGAGGCGGCACGUAUUGGCCAGAUUCAUAACGGAGCCAAGAUCCAUUUUAAAAUCAAUGGCUUGGAGAAUCGCCCAUUAGCUGCUAUAUGCUACCCAAAAAACAGAUUUGUGAGCUCGUUGGGUGAUGGGCGGACUGAAACUGAAGGUAGCGGGAGCCGGCAUAUGGUUGUGUUUGGCAGGAACGAUGCUUCAUUAAGCGUGGAGGAUGAUGCCAAGUCCUUCUAUGCCGAAGCACGUGAGGCAUUUCCUGAUUUGCCAAUUGAAAAAGUGCUCUGGCAUGAUUGGAGUCGCGAUGAGUAUGCCAAAGGUGGCUGGUGCAUGUAUCGUCCUGACUUUGCCUUCCGAUACCAGGAGGCACUGAGGAAAAGGGCGGGAAACGUUCUGUUUGCCAGUGCUGAUUGGGCAUUGGGCUGGCGUGGUUUCAUCGACGGUGCCAUUGAGGAGGGAACUAGGGUUGCGUUUGAGGUCAAGGGCGAAAUGGCUCCUUCGACUUUUACAAAAGCAAACCUAUGA